CAUACCUUCAAGAAAAAAUUUGGAUGGAUCGAGCUCCGAGAAGUGUCUGAAGUUUAUUAAGGUCUACGAUUCAACUAUUAUUGAAGGAAAGGGUGGAGUAGGCCUAAUAAAAAGCUGAUAUGAAGAGAGUGUUUCAGCUGUCGGACAAGACCCAUGGUCCGGGUCCUGUCAGGUUCUGUUGGCAAACAACUCUUGGUAAUUACCUCGCCACCUACGGUGCUGAUCACAACGUUCAUAUUUACGAUCGUCAUGGUGAACGUAGAGAUGAAAUCAACCUACCUGGAUCCUGCACAGGCAUCGGCUGGGACAGAGACGGAGACACAUUAGCCCUGAUAUGUGACAAAAGCAGCGUGGUGUUUCUCUGGGACGCCAACAGCCAUCGCAAGUCUCAGGUCGACAGUGGUUUCAAGGAUUCAUUGACCUAUCUGCUUUGGUCAAAGUCUGGCCCUCAGCUAGCCAUCGGGACAACCAAGGGAAAUCUUCUUAUCUACAAUCAUCAGACUUCAAGGAAAGUGCCCAUACUUGGCAAGCACACUAAGAAGAUAAUCUGUGGGGCAUGGAGUGCUCAGAACCUUCUUGCAUUGGGAAGUGAGGACAGAACUAUUACAGUUAGCAAUGAAGAUGGUGACACCAUAGCAACGACUGGAGUGCGAUUAGAUCCAUCCGACAUUCAGUUCUCAGAGAUGAAGGUUGAUGAGAGAACAUCAUCGGGAGAGUCAACUAUAAGCGUCAUCGUUGGAAAGAAAACAUUAUUCCUGUACAAUUUGGAUGACAGAGACAAUCCAAUAGAGCUUGCCUUCCAGCAGAGAUAUGGUUCAGUGGUUGCAUACACAUGGUAUGGAGAUGGCUACAUCAUGCUCGGGUUCUCCAACGGUUAUUUCAUCGUUAUCUCAACUCACAUGAAGGAGAUUGGUCAGGAACUAUUCCAAGCCAGGGACCAUAAAGACUCUUUGACUGGUAUCGCUAUCUCCCUUUCACUCAAUAAGGCAGCAUCAUGCGGCGAUAAUUGCAUCAAGAUCCAUGACCUCUCUGACCUGAAGGAACUCUAUGCCAUUAUCAACCUGGAAGAGGAGACCAAGGGACUAACUGGGAUUGAAUGGACACAGGACGGUCAGCUACUGGCCAUUGGAACCCAGAGAGGAUUUAUGCAUGUUUAUCUGACGAAGCUGCCCAUCCUUGGUGAUGCCCAUGGUACUAGGCUUGCAUAUCUGACCUCUCUACUAGAGGUCACAGUGGUCAAUCCUAUUGAACAGGAGCCCGCUAUACCCAUUGCUAUCGAAGUAGAGCCGACAUUCGUUGCCCUUGGACCGUACCAUUUGGCUGCGGGGAUGAACAACAGAGCAUGGUUUUAUGUACUCAGUGACAAAGAUUAUUACAGCAUACAGCCCAUGCAGACAGGAUGGUGGCCGGAGAAAUUAAAGGAUCACGAAUAUCUGGGUACAAUAAACAGCAUGUCCUUGAACUCUGACUAUGCCGCUGUCUCAUUUGAGAGUAAGGUCCAACUGCAUCUGAUUGAGUCAGAAGGUAUUGGCGACAACGAGGAGAGAGAGACAAGGUUAUUUCCCGACAAGGAGAGUAGUGGCAAGAUAACAUGUCACACGCUCACUUCGGACUUUCUCAUUUACGGAACUCACAAUGGUGAAUUGAUGUACUUCUUCAUUGAGGACUGGCAAUUCGUGAAUGAGUUCCGUCAUGUGGUUGGUAUCAGGAGGAUCUUUUCAGACCCCAGCGGAACAAGACUGGUCUUCAUCGAUGAUAAGAGUGAUGGAUUUGUUUACAAUCCAGUUAAUGACCAGACCCUCGAUAUUCCCAACUUCUCGCCGACAAUUAAGAAUGUCUUAUGGGAGAACGGGUUCAACUACAAGGGUGUGUUUGUUGCCUAUGACGAUGAGAAGGUCUACUCGUAUCUAUAUUCAAGGGAGACGGUCAAUGGUCCUGCAGUGAUACUAGUAGGUACGACGAAGCUACCAUUUGCUCAGCAGCCACUGAUGCUUCACAAUGGCGAACUGGUAUGCCAGACUCAAAGCGGCAAGACCACCAGCGUUCAUCUCACCACGUAUAACUUUUUAGAGCGUCCUCAGGACCUCCCACAUUCCGAGGUCCGAUCAGCUUUACAGAGGAGCAUUUUGCUGCACCAGUACAAGGAGGCAUGGAUGCUUUGCCAAAUUCUGAAUAGCAAAGAAGCAUGGUUAGAUCUCGCCAAGGAUGCCAUCACACAUGCUGAUAUGGAGUUUGCUCUGAGAGUCUACAGGCACAUAGGGGAGGCUGGCAUGGUGCUUUCAUUGCAGAAGAUUACAGGCAUCGAUGAUAGGAACUUACUCUCCGGCCACCUGGCCAUGUACCAAGAGGACUUCAAUCUAGCCCAGGACCUGUUCCUAACCUCUAGUAGACCUAUCACGGCCCUGGAGAUGAGGAGAGACCUGUUGCACUGGGACCAGGCCCUCAAGCUAGCAAAGACCUUAGCCCCGGAACAGAUCCCUUACAUAUCCAAAGAAUAUGCUCAGCAGCUUGAGUUCACUGGAGAUUAUCCCAACGCAUUGACCCAUUAUGAGAAAGGUAUCACCCGGGAAGAGCAGGAGCGUGACCACGAUGAGACCUGCGCGGCAGGGGUAGCGCGUAUGUCUAUUCGCAUCGGCGACAUUCGACGGGGGGUUUCCAUGGCGAUGAAGAUGAACAAUCGGGCGGUGAAGAGAGAUUGUGCUUCUAUCCUUGAGAGUAUGAAGCAAUACUCAGAAUCGGCUCAACUCUAUGAGAGGGGAGGAUAUCCAGAUAAGGCAGCUUCUGUGUACAUCCGAUGCAAGAACUGGGCUAAGGUAGGGGAACUUCUACCCCAGAUCACGUCUCCUAAGAUUCACUCUCAAUAUGCCAAGGCUAAAGAAGCCGAUGGCAAGUACAAAGAUGCAGCUUCAGCCUACCGAAAUGCCAAGGAUUGGGACAAUGUCAUCAGAAUCCAACUGGACUAUCUGAAGAACCCGGAGGAGGCUGUCCGUGUCGUCAAAGAAUCAGGAUCUGUGGAGGGAGCCAAGAUGGUCGCCAAGUUUUUCCAGAAGCUGAAUGACUACUCGUCGGCUAUCCAGUUCUUAGUGAUGUCACAAUGUAACAAUGAUGCGUUUCAGCUGGCUCAAACCCAUAACCAGAUGGAAGUCUAUGCAGACAUCAUUGGUGAAGAUGCUAGCCAUGAAGAUUACCAAAGUAUUGCCCUCUACUUUGAAGGGGAGAAGAAUCAUCUGUUAGCUGGCAAGUUCUUUUUACUGUGCGAGCAAUACCAGAGAGCACUCAAACAUUUCUUGCGUUGCCCCAAUAACAGAGACGAUAGCCAGGCAAUUGAAAUGGCUAUUGAAACGGUUGGUAGAUGUAGAGAUGAUCAGCUAGCCCAUCAACUGAUCGACUACCUAAUGGGAGAGACUGACGGUAUCCCCAAGGAUGCCAAAUAUCUGUUCAGAUUGUAUAUGGCUCUUAAGCAGUACAGAGAAGCUGCCAGGACUGCUACAAUUAUUGCCAGGGAAGAACAGAUUGCUGGUAACUACAGAAAUGCCCAUGAUGUUCUGUACAGUAUGUACACAGAGCUACGGUCACAGAAGAUAAAGAUUCCUACAGAAAUGGCUACCAAUCUCAUGAUUCUACAUAGCUAUAUCCUUGUCAAGAUACAUGUGAAGAGAGGUGAUCAUAAGAAGGGUGCCCGGAUGCUCAUCAGGGUCGCUAACAAUAUAAGCAAGUUCCCAGCUCAUGUAGUCCCAAUCUUGACAUCCACUGUGAUUGAGUGCCAUCGAUCAGGACUGAAGAACUCCUCGUUCAGCUAUGCCGCCAUGCUGAUGAGACCGGAGUAUAGGAACUCCAUUGAUCUCAAGUAUAAGAAGAAAAUUGAAGCCAUUGUCAGGAAACCCGACAAGACGGAAGAAGACGAACCUACAGCACCUUGUCCAAACUGUAAAUAUCAACUAGAAGAAACUGAGCUAUCAUGUCCUGACUGUAAAAACACCAUCCCAUACUGCCUUAUCACGGGUCGUCACAUGGUUCGCGAUGAUUGGUCGGUCUGCCCCAAGUGUGAUUUUCCAGCCCUUCAUUCAGAACUCAUCAGUUUCUUGGAAUCAGAAGACAUUUGUCCUAUGUGUUCAUCAAGCAUCAAGGCUGCACAGGUGAAAAAGAUAGCAGAUCCAUCUAUGUAUCUUCAACCUCAAGGGGAGGAAUAAGACCAAUCUAUUGGACUGGACUGUAAGGUUAUUUGGACUUGUUCUACGAAGUGUUGGUCUAUUUCUUAGAUAGUCUAAUAAUUUUGGGGCUAAACCUUGUUUGGUAAGACUAUCAUUAUGCACAUGACAUCAUAAUGUUAUAGCGCCCUCCUUCAGAGGAUAUAGGAAUAUGCGUAAACAGACUUAUCAGAGAUGCUCCAGCUGCAUAUCACCAACACAUGCAAGGCAAUGACUUCAGCCUCUAAGAUGCUGGCACAAUUACAUCAAUGCAUAAGGUUUAUUUGGUCUAUUAUCGAUUUGGUCUAAAUGCCAUUUGGUCUACAAAACACUUGGUCUAAUACCCACUUAGUCUAUUUAUCAUUUAGUCUAAUGCCUGGCUGGUCAAAUUUCCAAUUCAUCUACUUAUCAUUUUUACUUAGGAAGAAGAAAUUUUAUUCAAUAAGAGUUUAUUUACCCAUAGGCUAGGUGGUGUGGGUAGUCAAUAGACGAAAUUGGUAUAGCUUAAUUGGAAAUUAGGCAAACUGGUUACUGGGUUAGAUGGCAACAUUAGACCAAAUGGUUAGUAGAUGAAGUGGUUUUAGUCAAACUUGGAUUAGAACAUGUGGGAUGGACCCAAAUCGAAUGCAGAUCAAGCAGGUAUACACUGUAGAUCCAUCAGCACUUUACCUGUUACUUGACCAUCUUAAUUACCAGGCUUUUCACCUUGAAUUAGAUUAAAAAAACCUGAGCCCGUUGCAUGAAAAGGUACUAUAUUUGUAGUCACUCUGCCAUCUAAUGCUAACUGCCAUGGUAACAAUGCUAAUCAGCCAAUCAAUAUCAAGGAUUUCAGGGAAAUUAACAUUGGAAGGUGCUGUUACCAUAAUACUAAAGUAAACUUUACAGUAUGUCGGAAUGGCGUUUUAUUAAGCUAUUUGUAACGUACAAAUUACUUAACCCAUGACCAGGGGCCUGUAACACAAAGCUAAACAUUGAUCGUAGAGCAUUUUUCUACGAUGGAUUCCAUUGACUAUAAUGUACAAUCAAUCGUAAAAAUCAAGCGUACGAUCAAUCGUUAACCUUUGUGUUACGGGACCCAGGUACCCUUCAUCGUGCUGACCUAGCACCUAAGAACGUCUAUGAAUAAAGUCAUGUGCAACUUAUACACAGUUUCAUGGAAUGGCCAUGAGACAUUGUAAACAAGAAAAUAGGUAAAUUAAUUUUAUAAUCAAAUGUUGCUAUAAAUCUCUAACACACCUUGUACAAAUUGUUAGAAUCGAGUGUAAAUACGAAGCAAAUCUAUUUAUGUAUUCUGGUUAUCAUCUUUAUGCUCUCAAAACUCAUUUUACCCUUCUUUUUUUCUGUACUUCACAUAUUCUGAGCAAAUAACUGAUGAAAUGCCAAAUAUAUCAACCUAGUGAUUUAAAUGGGAUGUUAUGAGGUGGCGAAUAUCUUCUCAAUGUGCAAGCCUUCUGAAGGUAUACAUAGAACAUGAUGAUGAUGUGUAUGUUACUACCAAAACUAAAUUCUUGCUUGACGUGGAGCAGUAGAAUAGUGCUGUCAGUCCAUUAUCCUUUGAUUGACCGGGCAUGGUGGCUGAGUGGUAGAGCGUCCGCCUCAUGAAUGGGAGGUCGUGGGCUCAAUCCUUUGCCAAGUUAUACCAGAGACUUCAAAAUAAUUGAAGCUUCUACUAUCUUGCUAGGUGCUUUGCAUUUAGAUUGGAGAAGGUUAAUAGUAGCAUGUUAGAAAGGGCAUGCAGGAAGAGUAGAUUCCUAAGUGGCUACACUGGGUAAAUAA